AUGGCGAAGCUCGUCCUAAUACUCUCGCGCUACAGGCUCCCAGCCGGACACCCGCUUUUUCGGGCAAAACCUGCGGAACCUUCAGAGCGAUCGAUCGUCUCUGAGCUACGAUGUCCCCUGGCUGCGAUCUGGGCCGCCGAACGAGUAGUGACGCUGCGUGGCGGCUUUCGGAACUCGGAGCCGGAGAAGUCUUGCGAGGAGGUACAGGACUACAGGCCGGUUCAGAUUCGCGACCGGGGACGACUGGCGGGUCGAGAAUCGUGUCGGUGGCGGAAGUCAGCAUCUGUGGCUGCAAACGCGGCGCGGAAGAGGACGCGCAGGUCGCCGGCCUUGCGGGCCCCGCGGCGCAGCAUUGCGGAUGCGGAGAUCAAUGACACGAUCCCGGUGGUCGGGUCGGAGUCGGAUUUCAAGAGGGGGAAGUACUUGUACUACACCAGGGGUGGGGAUUACUGCAAGGGGAUGAAUCAGUAUCUUUGGAGCUUUUUGUGCGGGCUUGGGGAGGCUAAGUUCUUGAACAGGACGUUUGUUAUGGAUCUGAGUGUUUGCUUGAAUGGAGGGUAUAAUUCGAAUGGGAAGGAUGAGGAGGGGAAGGAUUUUAGGUAUUAUUUCGAUUUCGAGCAUUUGAAGGAGUCGGCUUCGGUGGUGGAGGAAGGGGAGUUCUUGCGUGUGAGCACCAAGAAGGGUAAUGGUGGCCGGAUUAGUGUCCGGAAGGUUCCGACCUAUAAAGUUACCCCGAUGCAAUUGAGGAAGGAUCGGAGCACGAUUUUGUGGAGGCAGUUUGAUGGGCCGGAGCCUGAGAAUUAUUGGUAUCGGGUUUGUGAAGGGAGGGCGGCUAAGUACAUUGAGAGGCCAUGGCAGUCUGUUUGGAAGUCGAAGAGGUUGAUGAACAUUGUGACUGAGAUUGCGGGGAAGAUGGAUUGGGAUUAUGAUGCUGUGCACGUUGUUCGAGGUUGGAAGGCAGAGAACAAAGAGUUAUGGCCGAAUCUGGAUGCUGAUACGUCCCCUGAUCAGCUCGCGCAGAAACUUCUCACAAUGGUUAAACCGUGGAGGAAUCUUUACGUUGCGACGAAUGAGAGGUUUUAUAAUUAUUUUGAUAAGUUGAGGUCACAUUAUAAGGUGCAUUUGCUUGAUGAUUACAAGGAGAUGUGGGGGAAUAAGAGUGAAUGGUAUAAUGAGACAAUGACUCUCAACGGAGGGAAGCCAGUGGAGUUUGAUGGGUAUAUGAGGGUGGCGGUGGACACUGAGGUGCUUUAUAGGGCGAAGACGAGGGUGGAGACGUUCAAUAACUUGACACGAGAUUGUAAGGAUGGUAUCAAAUGGUGCACGUAAGAUUGAUUGUGGAUUCCAUGAGGUAACUUGAUCAGAAUACCAAGAGUGCGGUCUAUUGUAUUUUGUUUGAUUUUUUCAUUUCAUAAUUUAUGUUUGAUCUUUGUUACCUUGAUUCUUCUUCAAUAUGUUGUAUGAUGUAUCCUGGAUUACAUGCAAAUAGAUUUUGUGCUGUAUUCUAAAAAGUUGAAAUUUUGUUCUGGUCUA